GCCAUCCUCGCGUUCCUUUAUAAAGCGUCUGUCCUCCAUCCCCAGCCAUUGUUUCACAGUCAGGGUGGUAACAUCACUUUUCUUCUUGUCUCUCUGGAACUCUCGUCCUACCCAACCCGGCCAAGUCGCCGGUUCAUUUUCCUCACUCGGAAACAUAUACCACAGCCGAUACCUUUAUCACACCGAGAGAACACGAGCCUUAGACACCCACCCUUCAUACACCGCUCCUCCCAUCAUGGUUCUCGAGCGCCUUCAGCAGCUGACCCACCAGGUCAAGGCUACAUCGCCUCCUCCCCAUCCUCUAGAUCCCCUCUCAACCGUGGAGAUCGAUACCGCUGUCGCCCUUAUCCGCAAGGAAUAUGGCAAGGUCAACUUCAAUGCGGUCACUCUCUAUGAGCCCCGCAAGGCAGAGAUGAUGGCAUGGCUGGAAAAUCCUCAGAAGGUCCCUCGCCCGACGCGCGCGGCCGACGUUGUUGCUAUUGCACCUGGUGGCAAAGUCUAUGAUGGAGUUGUCAAUCUCGAUGAGAAGAAGAUCGUGAGAUGGGAGCACACACCUGGCGUUCAGCCCUUGAUCACCAUGGAGGACUUGCAGGAGGUCGAGUCCAUUGUUCGCAAAGACCCCAAGGUCAUUGAACAGUGCGAGAUCAUCGGCAUCCCCAAGGAGGAUAUGGACAAGGUUUACUGCGAUCCUUGGACAAUUGGCUACGAUGAGCGUUUCGGUACAGACGUUCGUCUACAGCAGGCGCUCAUGUACUACCGUCCGCAUAUCGACGAUUCCCAAUACACAUAUCCUUUGGACUUCUGUCCCAUUUUCAACGCAGAAACGAAGCAGGUUAUCCACAUCGAUAUUCCCCCGGUACGGAGGCCAAUCAGCAAGGCUCCUCCCAACAACUACCACCCCGCGUCGAUUGAGAAGGAAGGCGGUUACAGGACAGAUGUGAAGCCCAUCCAUAUCACUCAGCCUGAGGGUGUUUCUUUCAGUGUCAAUGGACGCUCUAUCGACUGGCAGAAGUGGAACAUUCACGUUGGUUUCAACUACCGCGAAGGUAUCGUCUUGAACAAUAUCACUUUCAACGAUAACGGCAAUGUUCGUCCUAUUUUCUACCGUCUCUCGCUCGCAGAGAUGGUCGUUCCGUACGGAAACCCGGAGCAUCCUCACCAGCGCAAGCACGCUUUCGACUUGGGCGAGUACGGUGGUGGCUACAUGACCAACAGCCUGUCUCUUGGCUGUGACUGCAAGGGCGCUAUCCACUACAUGGAUGCCGCUUUUGUCAACCGUGCAGGCGCCAGUACAAUUGUCAAGAAUGCCAUAUGUAUUCACGAAGAAGAUGCGGGCAUUCUCUUCAAGCACACUGACUUCCGUGACGAGUCUGUGGUUGUGACUCGUGCUCGGAAGUUGGUCAUUUCCCACAUUUUCACUGCCGCCAACUACGAGUACUGUGUCUACUGGAUCUUCCACCAGGAUGGUACGAUCCAGCUUGACAUCAAGCUGACUGGCAUCCUAAACACCUAUGCUAUGAACCCGGGCGAGGACACCAAGGGCUGGGGUACGGAAGUCUACCCUGGCGUCAACGCACACAACCACCAGCACUUGUUCUGUCUGCGUGUGGACGCCAAUGUCGACGGACCCAACAACACCAUUUUCCAAGUCGAUGCGACUCGUGGCGAGGGAGAGGUCGGAAGCGCCGAAAACAAGUACGGAAACGCAUUCUACGCAAAGAAAACCAAGUUUACCACCCCUCUGGAAGCGAUGUCCGACUAUGACGGCAACACUGGAAGAACCUGGGAAAUCGCCAACACCAACAAGCUGCACCCCUACAGUAAGAAGCCUGUCUGCUACAAGCUAGUCAGCCGUGAAGUUCCCCCCUUGCUUCCCAAGGAAGGUAGCUUGGUCUGGAAGCGGGCUGGCUUCGCAAGACAUGCCGUGCAUGUCACUAAAUACUCCGAUGACCAGAUUCACCCUGCUGGACGCCACGUACCACAGACGUCGGGUGAGCCUUCCCAGGGUCUGCCGGCUUGGAUUGAAGCGGCUGGUGCGAAUUCCUCCAUCGACAACACGGACGUUGUUCUAUGGCACACGUUCGGCUUGACGCACUUCCCUGCCCCUGAGGACUAUCCUAUCAUGCCUGCAGAGCCAAUGACUCUGCUUCUCCGUCCCAGACAUUUCUUCGCUCGGAACCCUGCCUUGGACGUUCCUCCCAGCUUUGCUCGGACGCCAUCUCAGGUAGCAGCUGGCGCUGGAUCGUGCUCUUCUUGCAAGAAGAGCGAUGGCUCUAGCGUUCUGGUCUAAUUUCUUUUCUAUUUUACCUGUCUUGGGGGUCUUGAAUGAUUAUCAUGAUGUCUUUUUGUUUAAAUACCAUGUCGGUUAGCUUUCCAAUACUGAAGUCAUUGCAG